UGUUCACAGCGUCGGUUUCCUCAGAGUCCUGCCCACAUUCCACAGAAGACUUGCAGGAUGAGACGGUUUUUGAAAAUAUGCUCAAAUCUUCUACCCUAGAACAAUCCAUCUGGUACUGUUCUCCCUGUCUACUCGGAUCCUGUACGGUUCUGUCCAUCUGUCUGGUGGGACCCACGUUCCGUUCUGCUUUUCUGUCUGGACCAGGUCAGACCAAACAAGAUGGAAACCUCGAAGCUGCUUCUCAUCGGGGUAUUAGUCAUCCAAGGUUGCUGUGUGUGUGCCUCAUCUGAGUGUGAGCAGGAGACGGCUCGUCUGAGGCUCCAGCUGCGGACGCUGGAGGCUCGGGUCCUGCAGCAGCAGCAGCUCAUCCAGAAUCUCCAGAAGCAGAACCAGGCCGAGUCUGAGGACCUGGGCCAGCUCCACCUGCUGCCAGGGCACCUCUACAGAGACUGUGCCCACAUCUACAACAAUGGGUCCAAGGAGAGUGGAAUGUACAUGGUCCAGCCAGUGGGAAGCCCCGCCCAGGUGACAGUGUUCUGUGACAUGGCAGAGGGAGGAGGAUGGACCGUCAUCCAGCGCCGCACUGAUGGGAGUCAGUCUUUCAACAGGCCUUGGGCUGACUAUAAGCAGGGGUUUGGGGACUUUCAGUCGGGCAAGGGGGAGUUCUGGCUGGGGAACGAUAAUCUGCACUAUCUCACAUCACAAGGUGAAUACAGUCUGAGGGUCAACAUGGAGGACUUUGAGAGAUCUCGGCGCUUUGCAGAAUACAGCAGCAUCAAAGUAGCAGAUGAAGAGCAUCACUAUCAGCUGCAGUUCGGAGCGUACUCUGGGACGGCAGGAGACUCCCUGUCAGGGAGCUACCACCCGGAGGUGCAGUGGUGGGCCAGCCACCAGGGCAUGAAUUUCAGCACCUACGACAGGGACAACGACCGCUACAAUGGCAACUGCGCGCAAGAAGACAAAUCUGGCUGGUGGUUUAACAGGUGUCACUCUGCUAAUCUGAACGGUGUGUACCACCGAGGGGCCUACAGCGCGAUGACGGACGAUGGAAUGGUGUGGUACACCUGGCACGGCUGGUGGUACUCCCUUAAGUCUGUCGUCAUGAAGAUACGCCCGGCCGGCUUUGAGUCCAACACAGUUCCGUGAUCAGCUCCAUUAUAGAGCACUGAGAGUGACAGGAUUUAGUCAGCUAUUCAGAUUGAUAUGCUUAAAAUACAGUAUGCAUUCUCCCAUUGGCUGCUCCGAAUGGGAAGUUAUUUUACAUAGAUUGUUAGACUGUACAAUGUCAAUCAAAAAGUUGCCAUGCUCGCCAUAAUCAAGUGAAUAACACCAAUUAACGUGCAAAGGACAUCGAAGUGCAUGUUGACACACUUCACAUCCAGUUAAACCAUAAGUCUCUAACUGUAAACAUGUUGUCGGAUAAGCCAACCAAUAAUAAAGCAUUCCUUAUCAAAAUG